AUGGUGCACACCGUGAGGGGCGUGAUCGGGGCGUGCGCUGCUCUCGCUCUGGUGGUCUGCUGCCUGAGGCUCUAUGUUCGCAAAUGCGGUAUACGUGCAUUUGGACUGGAUGACUUUUUGGUUCUUCUGGCCCUGGUAAUGGUCCUAGCUUUCGCAGCGCUCUCACUUAUCUUGACCCGAUAUGCAAUCGGAUACCAUCAAGAUACUGUUCCCGCCGCAAAUAUGAUUAUCAUGGCAAAGUACGUGUACGUCCUCUUCUGCCUGGAUCUCUGGGUCGCACUGGCAGUCAAAUGCAGCCUGACCGUCUUUAUCAUGCGCGUCUUCCCUACGCAGCCGAUCCGCCGCAUUGGACUGAUCAUAAUGGCACUCAUGGCCAUGGUGACCGUGUCCGGCGAGCUGCCUUUGAUCCUACAGUGCUGGCCCGUCCGCGCAACCUGGGACAAAACGCUCCCGGAGUACAAAUGCUUCUCCGAUGCCGGGCUCGAGAACCUCCAGCUCUACCAAGCCAUCCUGAUGCUCCUGUUUGAUCUGAUGAUCAUCGGACUCCCGAUGCCAACGAUCUGGAGGCUGCAGAUGCCCAUCCAGCGCCGUCUGUUCAUCAUUGGGAUCUCCUGCCGCGGACUCGUCGCAUGCGCGGCCGGCCUCGCACGGAUCCCACUUCUGGGAUUCCAGGAGAACUCCACGGACUAUACUUACGUCGGCGCCGUCCCCCUCGUCCUGAUGAACCUAGAGUACGCACUAGGCCUGAUCAGCGGAUCUCUGCCUUCGCUGCGCGUUCUCGUCCGGUUCAUUCCCGGCCUCAGCAGUAGCACAGUAGCAAGAGGAGCACGUAUCCAACCCAGGAGUGGGAAUUGAGUGGGCCGGCGGAAUGUCGCUUCGGUGGCCGUCCGCGCUGGAUGCAUCGGCUACGGGGCGAGGAUGCGAAGAGUAUCCUCAGAGCGAGAGUCGGCAGCAGAUUCUGGAGGUACAGGGGAGUCCCCGCCCACUGGAGUCUGUGGGUUGCGGGUGAUGGCGUUGCAGGCGCAGUUCGACUCCUAGAAAAAGGUCUCCAAUGCAAUGAGUCCGAGAUGCGGUGUAGAGCUGGAC